AGAAACAUGGCUGCCCACUGUUCAGCGAUGGUAUCUCUAUUUACGUCCCGUUUCGUUUCUGUUUUGAGACACACUUUGGAAGAAAGAGCUUCUGUCCGGAGUAUUUUUGAGUAAAGCUAGCUCUGAAUCUGCUGUUCCGGUAAGGAAGCACCGUUUAUCCAGUCGCUGUUGAAUCGACCGUUUUCGGUUAUCGACAGAUUUUUUUUUUUUUUUCGUCUGUGUGAUUUUCGCUGAGUUGUCAAUCUGAUCUUCGGACUGCGACUGCUUUCACGUUGUUGGUCUGCCACGAAAGAUAAGCGGUGCAACUCGCGAGUCCCACGCACGCAGACCCCGGGUCCUCGUCGCGAUGUUUAGCCCCGUGAAGUCCUCCUAUUUCAGAGUCAGCCCGGCCAUUGUCAACAGGGAACUGGGGAAGACCAAGAUGAGAUAGCAAGAGGGCACGUCGGAGUGCAAAACACGCCAUUUACUGCGAGGCUCAACCCCUGCGCCGCCGAGAGUGAAACUGUAAAACAAGCACACAUUAUGUUUGGGAAUCUUUUUGAGGAAGAGGAGGAGGAAGGCUUCUCCUCUCUGUCCUCAAAGGGGAGGGUUGUGAAGGGGGUCGAUGAGCCCCCUCCACCCCGGGGGAAGAGCAACCUGUGUGGCAUCAAGAACCAGGGAGGGACCUGCUACCUCAACUCUCUGCUCCAGACCCUGCUGUUCACCCCUGAGUUCAGAGAGGCUCUGUUCAGUUUGGGGCAAGAAGAAUUGGGACGUCUGGAAGACAAAGACAAGCCAGAGGCCAAGGUCCGAGUGAUCCCGCUGGAGCUUCAGAGGCUGUUUGCCCGUUUGCUGCUGGUGGACCAGCAGAGCGCCUCCACUGCCGACCUCACCGACAGCUUUGGCUGGAACAGCAGCGAGGGGACAAACCAGCAUGAUGUGCAGGAGCUGAACAGGAUUCUCUUCAGCGCGUUGGAGCACUCUCUGGUGGACACGAGCGGCAGUGCAUUUAUCCACCGGCUCUACCACGGGACCAUUGUCAACAGCAUCGUCUGCAAAGAGUGUGGAAACGUCAGCCAGAGACAGGAGGAUUUUUUGGACCUGACUGUCUGCGUUUGUGGAGUGUUGAGCCUGGAAGAAGCUUUAUGGAACAUGUUUGUGGAGGAAGAGCUGUUUGAGGGCAAUAACCUUUACCGCUGUGCGCAGUGUGACAGAUUAGUCACUGCAGCCAAGUCUGCCAAAUUGAGGAAGCUGCCUCCGUUCAUGACCGUGUCUUUGCUGAGAUUCAGCUUUGACUUUGCCAAAUUUGAGCGCUACAAGGAGACAGGACGCUACACUUUCCCCCUCAGUAUCAACCUGCGACCCUUUUGUGAACCGACUGAUGCGGAGGAUUCAGAUUACUCCUACGAGCUCUUCUCUGUGAUUAUCCACAAGGGUGGCUGCUAUGGCGGCCAUUACCACGCUUAUAUCAGGGACAUCGACGAGCUCGGACAAUGGGAGCCACCGGAGGAGGACUGCAAACCUAAAGCUCAGAAAAAAGCCAAGGAGAAUGUGCAAGAGGUGCAUGAGCCAAAGCUUCAAGAAGAUGAUCCAUUGUCAAUUCUAAUGGCCAUAAUUUCCCAGGAGUCAUCAAAGAGUGUCCUGUUGGACCAGCUGGGCCAGAAACUCAUGGAUAAAAUCGGCUCAUCUUGGAGCAAAAAGUUCAGAAAACAAUAUGGUCCCAUUGGAAAGUUCCUACAGUCCCACAGUGAUGUCUUUAUGUUGGUCUCCAACGGCACUCGAGUGGCGCUGAAGGCGAACCUGCCGAGCCCAGAUCAGCACAACGAGCCUCCGACUGCUCCAGACGGCGGAGCUUCUGAACACCAACCCGAAGCCGACCAGAAACACGAACCAGAGCAGGGUAGCCACUGGUUCGACCUCAACGACUCCACCGUGACCUCCAUCAGGGAGUCCGACAUAGAGAAGCAGUUCCAGGGAAAAGAGAGCGCCUACAUGCUGUUUUACAGAAAAACACAGCUGCACAGGCCUGCUGAAGCUCGAAACAAUCCCCAGUAUAAAGUUCCCACUCACCUCGUCCAGAGGGCUCAGGAGGAGAACGUCAAACUGCAAGAGAUGCGGGAGAAGUGUGAAGCCACCAAUAACACAGUGGAGCUCUGCCUGCACCUCGCAUCCAGCUACAGGCUGGAAAACGGAGCCCUGCAGCCAGUCGGCAAGGAGCCCAGUGAGAACCCCGCCCUCAGCUUCGACCGCAGAAAGACAGUGGGAGACCUGCGGUUAGCCAUUUAUCAGAUGCAGGAACUGUGGGAAGGCGACAUGGCUCUGACCGUGGCCAAGAGUCUUCCGGCUGGUUUACAUCUCUACAACACUCUGACAGAUGACAAUAUCUCCCUGAACAGUGCAGGAAUCUACAACAACACUGACCUGUUUGUCUGGAAUGGCAGAGAUGUGUGUGGUGCGACUGUCCUGACGGGAGCAGAGUGGGAGCCGGUCCUCCUCACCGUUGUGCGUCCGUUUUUGGGCGAAGACGCCGAGCCGGCGGCGGCGGAGGAUCCGGACGCGUGCGAGGAGAGCGGAGCAGCUUUUCAGAACGGAGGAGAGUCGGGGCUCAAAAAGGAGGCGAGGGGCUUCGCGGGUGGUUCCACCCUCGGGGAGGUGAAGGAGGCCCUGGGAGAACCAAAGGAGAGCCUGCUGUGCCAGGAGCACCGAGCAGGGCGGCGGAGGGAGGAGGGGGCGGGCGAGGGGGGAGGGGCGAGCGGGUGGAGGGUGUUCCCACCCGACGACAUGCAGCGGACCCUGAAGGAGCUGUCGCUGAGAGAUGGAGACGCGCUGCUGGUGUUGGAGCCGCAGUCGUUCGACAGCAGCAUGUUCACCCUGAACGGAGACGUCGUCACGGUGACGACGCCGUCGGACUGCCGCUGGCUGCAGGUGGAGUUUCGCCCUCAUGUGAAAGAAGAAGAAGAAGAGGAGGAGGAGAGGAAGAAAGUCAAAGUUCCAGCCACUGGAAAUAUGCUACUGAGUGAGGUGAAGCAGAGAGCCGUGGAGGAGCUGCAGCUGCAGGAGCAACCAGCAGGUGCAGGGUUUUGUCUGAGGCAGAUCGACUGCACAGGGAAACUCCUUCCUCCAGUUUGUGAGGAGCUGAGUGUUCGCGACGCCGGGGUGCGACUCAUGACCACACUCACUCUCUGUCCAGGAAGCAGCCCCAGGGCGUCACAGCUCUUUUUGCACUUCACUGUGGGCAUGGCGCCCUCUGCUGGCCUGGAAAUGGACAUCAUUGUGGAGAAAACCUGCACCGUCAGAGAGUGUCUGAAGGCGAUGCUGGAAGCUGUUGGACUCGAUGGCUCCUGUUGGCACUUGAGGAAGCUCGACUGGUGCGAGGAGGUUGGAGAGCCUCUUAUGGAUGAGGAUGCUUCUCUGGCAGAGCUGAGGAUCAGCAAUGGAGAGACACUGGUUGUCACAGAGGGACAUUUACCCCCUAAGGGUUUUCUCACGCUGACCGUGUGGCUGCAUCAGGACCCAAAAACCAUCACCGCUGGUUUUAAUCACACUGAUAACGGCCCCACGGGGGAGCAGAUGUCUCUGAGCGCAGACGAUCCGCACGACCAGUCACUGCUCGUCCUGUGUGGUGGAAACGCAGCGGAGCUGAGGAGUGUGGGGCAGGUCGAGAUAUCGGACGAGGCAACACUGGAGGACCUCAAAACUCAGGUAUUGACGUUGCCGGCCCUUCAGGAUGUGUGUCUGCCCACUAUAGGCUUCAUGCGUGUUUGGCAGCUGGAAGGAAGCAGACUGGCGAGAAUCCUCAGAGGACAGCAGGCCACGCUCAGGAAGUUGAAGCUCACCAGUGGUGCAGAUGUUUGUGUGCAGCAGCUCCUGAAAGAGGAAGAUCUCAGGCCAAAGGAAGUCCUGCUCAAUAUAAAGAUGGGCGUGCCGGGGGAGAAGAGUUACUACCCUGCAGAGGAGAUAGUCUGGGACGCGUCCCACGACUCUUCCCCUCGCUCUCUGCGCUCAUGUCUGGCAGCGCAUUACGGCCUCUCCCCCGAUUCCCUGCUGCUGGCGAAGCACCAGCCCGACAAAUAUACGUGGGAGGAAAUCUCUAACUGGACUCAACAGGUUUCCAAGAAAAAGAAGAAGAAAAAAGCCGAGUCUCUACUGGGAGCACCUUUUCACCUCAAAGAUGGCGACAUGAUCGGCAUCAAGAACCUUCUGGUUGACAACAACAGAGACUUCAUCACCCAGGAGGACGUACAGGGUCAGCAGAGGCUCAGGGAGCAGGUGGAACAGCGCAGGAAAGGAGAGCAGCCUGCUGAGCAUGCAGCAUCGCAGAAGAAGGCCGGACAGACCAAAAGCAGGAAACCAGAGGUGGCUCUGUCCAUCAACGUUGGAGUAUUCAGAUAGUAUUCCGAUCGAUUUUUUUUUUUCCCAGGGUCUACAGAUCAAUCAGGACCACCAACAUGCACACUACGCACAGCGACAUGCUGAAACCAGCAUUGUGCCAUUGUUAUGUUUUUUUUCUUCCUGACUCUUUUGCACUCUGCCGGCGGUUUUCUGUAUAACUGAAGUUUAAAUUGGCUGCACUGCUGCAGAAUGGAGGUCUGAACGCUGGGCCUUGCUGUGGAGACGCCUCAGAGCGGCUCUGUCCCCCCCCCCCUCCUCUCGUUCUACCUCUCUUUCUGCCUCCUUGACUCUUUACUGCCACCCUGCUCUAUCAUGGUAAACGAGUUACACAUAUUUAGUCAAAUACCACUAAGUGUAACAUGACAGAUAAAUAAAUAACCGCCUGUCCUUUACUGGACAUUAUCUAACCUUUUGUAAAUUAAAAAGAAAAAAAAAGCAGGCCAUCUUUUCUUGAGGCAAAAGCAUCACUGUGUUGUGUAACCUCAUGAUUUUUUUUACUAGUAAUUCUUGAUUUUAUGAUUCAGAGGUUCCCUGAAAUUUCAAUAUCAAACAGUUAGUAUUUUACUUGCAUGUAUUAAAACAGAACUUCAGGGAAUUAAAAAAUAUCUGUUUAUAUAAUUUAUUAAAAAUGAAAAAAAAAAAAGCUAUUACUGUAUGAAUGAAGUAUUCUGUUUGGGAGGAGGAUUUCAUUUUGUCAGGGGAGACUAGU